AGAAAAAUCGCCUCCUGUGGUUGUGUUGUGUCCCUGUCCGCCUGUCUAUCUGCCGCAGAUUCAGGGGGGAAAAUCAUCUUUGUCCGCUGUGUUUACAUCCGACCCCGGAGUUAAAAACACCACAGGACGGACUAAACAUCCGGGGGGAAUGGAGUCUUACGGCAGGGACGAUCCGAAGGGAUCGGUGCUGCACAUCGUGGUGGUUGGAUUUCACCACAAAAAGGGCUGUCAGGUUGAAUUCUCGUACCCGCCAUUGAUGCCAGAUGAGGGUCAUGACAGUAACCUGCUGCCAGAGGAGUGGAAGUACCUCCCUUUCCUGGCUCUUCCUGACGGGGCACACAACUACCAGGAAGACACUGUGUUUUUUCACCUGCCACCUCUAAACGAGGACAUGAAGUGUGUCUACGGAGUUUCCUGUUAUCGCCAAAUAGAAGCAAAGGCCCUGAAGGUCCGGCAGGCUGACGUCACCAGGGAGACGGUUCAGAAGAGCGUCUGUGUCCUCAGUCGAGUGCCUCUCUACGGUCUGCUACAAGCUAAACUACAGCUCAUUACACAAGCCUACUUUGAGGAGAAAGACUUCUCUCAGAUCUCUAUUUUAAAGGAACUGUACGACCACAUGAACGGCUCUCUGAGGGGCUCGGCUCUGGAGGGAUCACAGGUUUAUCUGGGGUUAUCACCAAGAGAUUUAAUACUGCACUUUCGACACAAGGUUGUCAUCCUCUUCAAGCUUAUUCUGCUGGAGAAGAAGGUCCUGUUCUAUGUGUCUCCUGUCAACAGACUAGUCGGAGCUUUGAUGACAGUUUUAUCGCUGUUUCCAGGUAUGAUCGAGCAUGGCCUGGUGGACUCAUCCCACUACAGGCCAAAGAGCAGCUUGUCGGAGGACAUCACUCUGGUCGAAAGCGUCUCAGGAGCAGAGGAGUUCGUCUCUGUGUCUGUCACCGACAUCGCCAACACUACACUCGAGGCAGAGGAGACUGCCCAGCCCGCUGCAGAGUCUCUGUCCUCUGGGAACAGCACAGAGGGGGACAGUCAUCUCCUCAAACCUCCGUCACGCACCUCUCCAGAGUCCUCAGAGAGCGACUGGGAGACUCUGGAUCCCAGCGUGUUGGAAGAAAGUCCCAAAGAGGCAGCAGAGGGGAAGGAGACGGAGCUACGGGAUGCCUUCGACUCCAAGCCGGGGACGCCCAUCACUGUGCAGCCACAGUCCGCCAUCGGUCAGGGAGGCAUCGUCCAAGGUCUGGUGUCUGGUCUGGAGGAGGAUCAGUAUGGGCUACCUCUCCCCAUCUUCACUAAGGGUUACCUGUGUCUGCCAUACAUGGCCCUGCAACAGCAUCACCUCCUGUCAGACGUGACGGUGCGUGGCUUCGUUGCUGGGGCGACCAACAUCCUCUUCCGCCAGCAGAGGCACCUCAGUGAUGCAAUCAUCGAGGUGGAAGAAGCUAUCAUUAACAUCCAGGACCCCGAGCUCCGGAAGAUCCUGAGUCUGACGACGGCGGACCUGCGUUUCGCAGACUAUCUGGUCAAACACGUGACGGAGAACCGUGAUGAUGUUUUCCUGGAUGGGACUGGGUGGGAGGGUGGAGACGAGUGGAUCAGAGCCCAGUUCACCCUCUACCUGCACUCCUUACUGUCGUCAGCAUUACAGCAAGAUAACGAGAGGCUGCUUGCUGAUUACGGCGCUCAUUUCAUCGCAGCCUGGAGGAUCACCCACAACUACCGGGUGUGGUACAGCAACAAGCACCCUGCCAUGGCUGCCAUCACUCCAGGACACCCGUUUCAGGGCCAGUACAGUGUUGCUGACGUGAAACUACGACUCUCACACUCAGUGCAGAACAGCGAGAGAGGGAAGAAGAUCGGAAACGCCAUGAUGACCACCAGUCGCAGUAUGGUCCAGACAGGGAGGGCAGUGGGUCAGUCUGUGGGCGGAGCAUUGACCAGCGCCAAGUCGGCCAUGUCCUCCUGGUUCUCCACCCUGGCCCAACCUGCAGCUGUAACCACUCCAGAGUAUGCGGAGCCCGCCACAGAGGUCCAACCCUGAAACCCAGCAGUCCCCUGUCUCUGACUUUGUCCUCGUCCUCUGAUCUUCUGCCUGCUGAAGCCUGAGGGUCAGUGGACUGAGAGCUGCAUUUAUGAAGGAAAAAAUGGUCAUUCUCAGCAUCAGGUUUUAAAUCUGAACCUGUCAUCCUUAUGUUUGGUGACUCUGGGUGAUGCGACAGCACUCUGGACAGGAAGAUAGCGCAGCCGUUAUACUAACUGUACAGUCCAUAUCCACUGUGAGGCAAAGACUGCCAGCGCUUUUGAUCAAAAACCCAGAAAUUUCAGCAGGCUGCAUCACAUCUGACCGCCUGUUUGGAUUCCUGGAUGCUUUUUCCUGUGACACACUUAAUGAUGCUGUCGUUGGGGUUUACGGUGUUUAAUCUUUUGCUGCAUUUCUAGACUUUGUCUAUAUAGCUGACUAUUUUGCUGACAGAAAGUACAUAAAAACAAAAAUAAAUUGGUGUUACGGGAUUUGAGCAUGAGCUGUGGCACCUUGAAGAUUUAUAACGGUUUAGAUUUUAAAUUAAGUCUGGCUCAUGUUCAGUGAUGUUGUUGUAAUGACACUGUGGUUGUUGUGGUAACAGCAUGAAUUCCUGAUGAUAACCCAGCGGGCACCAUACAUCAGAAUGACAUCAGAGAGACGUUGGCGUCUUAAGUUGGACAGAUGUUAAAAAUAUUUUAUUUUAAAUGUCUAAUGAUGUUAAAAAUAGUUAAUAGAUGUUUUGCAGAUGAUUAAAUGUCGGUAUUAUACAUCAAGAUGUGGCAUAAGACAUUAGGAAGACACUGGAUACUUCACAACUUAAAACCAGCAGUUGACAUUUACAUUAGAGGUCCUGACACUGAAUUUUGGUCACCCAACUUCACAAUCUAAAUUCAAUCAAAUAUCAAUGUCUAAAGACAGUGGCCAUCUGGGAAAAAUAAAUUUUGAGUGACCUAACAAUGAUUUUCAUUAUGUUUUUUUUUUGUCUUUUUUAAUGAUUAUUAGUUUUUUA